GCGUCUGUUGUUCAUGGGCUUGCUCUAAUGUGGCUUUAUUUGUUUGUACACGAUUCACACAGGCGUUUUCCUGCUUUAUAUCUAUAUAUAAGAUGCCAGGUGAGACAAUCAACAGUACUAGUACAGACGGGAACCGACUUAUCACAAAAUGAAAACAAUCGCAGUGCUGUGCGUGGUGGUUGCAGCGGUGGUGGCGCGCCCUGAGGAGGCGGGUUUCUAUAACCCGCAGUAUGACACCUUCAACGCCGAAGAACUGGCCGAGAAUGUUCGACUCCUCAAGAACUACGGCAAGUGCUUCCUCGACGAGGGGCCCUGCACUGCUGAGGGCUCGGACUUCAAAAAGGUGAUCCCGGAAGCCUUGAAGACAUCUUGCGGGCGCUGCACGCCGAAGCAGAGAGUGCUGGUGAGGACUGUCAUCAAGGCGUUCCAGACCAAGCUGCCAGACAUCUGGGAGGAGCUCGUCAACAAGAACGACCCGGAACGGAAAUACAAGGCACAAUUUGACGCCUUCCUCCAAGGCACUGACACACUUGAAGGUGAUAGGUACAAUUUUUAUAAUUCUAAAGAACCUUGUCUGGCUAGAAUUUUCUGUAUUCGUAUAAAAGGAGCGGUCAAGUUUAUUCCUAAGAUAAGAUACAUGAAACAUUGCAGUAACCAAACACAUAAUACACAGAUCAAGAUGAAGACUGUUCUGGUGUUGUUUUCGAUGGUGGUGUUAGUCCUUUCGUAUGAGACCUCACAUGACGACAUCGACGUCGAAGCGCUGGUCAAUGACACGGAUACUCUGAAGAAAUAUACCUCAUGCUUCGUCCAUAACACCGACUGUGACGAUAACUCCAGCCAUUUCAGAGCCGACUUGCACGAAAUUUACGAACAGGCUUGCGCUAAAUGUAAUCAAGUUCAGAAACACAUGCUGAAGAGGUAUAUUGAAACUCUAAAGGAAAAGUUGCCCGACCAGUACCAAGAACUGAAGAAGCAUUAUGAUCCUGAAGGAAAAUACAGCCUGCCUCUAGAGACGGCCAUCGCUACUGCUUAAAUAAUAUUUGUAUCAUCUACGUACUAAUUUCUUUUAUUCAGGAAUAUGUAUUAUAAAUAUAUAUGAUACUUUGUCUUUU